UUACUUUUCUUUUUUCAACUGAACUGAUAAAAUUUACACGCUUCUUCACUACUCAACUUGCGUCUGUGUUUGUCUUCCUAAUCCGUAAUUGUGUCUCUUCUCUUCUUCUGGACAAAAAAAAAAUGGAAUGGAUACAAUCACUGCCCAAAAUCGAGCUUCAUGCUCAUCUCAACGGUUCCAUUAGAGACUCCACUCUUCUAGAGCUUGCUAGGGUUCUUGGUGAGAAAGGCGUUAUAGUGUUUGCUGAUGUUGAACAUGUCAUUCAAAAAAAUGAUCGAUCUUUGGUUGAAGUCUUCAAGUUGUUUGAUUUGAUCCAUAAGCUCACUACUGAUCACAAAACUGUGACAAGGAUCACAAGAGAAGUUGUGGAAGAUUUUGCUUUAGAGAAUGUGGUGUAUCUUGAGUUACGAACUACUCCAAAGAGGAGUGAUUCAAUAGGUAUGAGUAAACGUUCUUACAUGGAAGCUGUAAUCCAAGGUCUAAGAUCUGUCAGUGAAGUCGAUAUUGAUUUUGUUACCGCAUCUGAUUCUCAAAAACUGCACAAUGCUGGUGAUGGGAUUGGAAGAAAGAAGAUUUAUGUUAGACUUCUUCUUAGUAUUGAUCGUAGGGAAACAACAGAGUCCGCAAUGGAAACUGUUAGUGUUUCAAAACAAGCUAAGCUACUCAGAAUACUUAAAAGACUAAUGCAGAAAACAUUUGAUACUCUCCUUUUUUCUUUAAAGGUUAAGCUCGCAUUGGAAAUGAGAGAUGUCGGGGUAGUUGGUAUCGAUCUUUCGGGGAAUCCUCUUGUUGGAGAAUGGAGCACUUUCUUGCCUGCAUUACAAUAUGCCAAAGACAAUGAUCUUCACAUCACUCUUCACUGUGGAGAGGUUCCCAAUCCGAAAGAGAUCCAAGCCAUGCUUGAUUUUAAACCGCAUCGGAUUGGACAUGCCUGUUUCUUCAAAGACGAAGAUUGGACAAAGUUGAAAUCUUUCCGGAUUCCGGUUGAAAUAUGUUUAACAUCCAACAUUGUAACCAAAUCGAUAUCUUCCAUCGAUAUACACCAUUUCGCUGAUCUUUACAAUGCAAAGCAUCCAUUGAUUCUAUGCACUGAUGAUUUUGGAGUAUUCUCCACUAGCCUCUCCAACGAGUACGCCCUCGCUGUUCGUUCUCUUGGUCUUAGUAAAAGUGAAACCUUUGCAUUGGCUAGAGCAGCCAUAGACGCAACAUUUGCAGAAGAUGAAGUUAAGCAACAACUUAGGUUCAUUUUUGAUUCAGCCUCGCCAGAGCACGUUUAGUGAGACUGUUGAGUGCUUCAGAUUUUACCGGUUUACUUCAUUUUGUUGGUUUAUACCAAACCGAACAAAAGGUGUUUUGGUUCAUUGGUUGGUUCGAAAAAAUAACAUUCAUCUCGAAUAUUGAUUGUAAUAAUAUAAUUAUAAUUUAAAAUUUUCAAACUUUUGUUCUCUGUUAAAAAUAAAAAUUGAUUUCAAC